CAAAAAUGUUAAAAAUAAGUAAAUUGAUGUUCAUCACUUAAGUACGAAUGACAUUGAUGGGGUAACCAACUAUGUUGAAUAAUUGACAACCCAGAUCUGUUCGUAUGAUAUAUAUGCCACCUAAAUGAAAGACCGACUUAUCUUCUGUGUAGUCCAACACAUGCUUUACUGUAAAAUUUAAUUUGCAAUGUCUGAUUUGGCAGAAGACAUAAUUAUCAGCUAACAAUGACAUACUAGUCUUACUGCAUUGCAUCACACACUUGACCCUUGUCCAUAAAUACCACCACCAAUCUCGUCUCUAAACGCAUCACUUCUGGAUCAACUCAUUCAAGCACAGAUUAAGCCCUCAACUGUCACUCCCUUGAAGGUUCCAAAAUGAUGUUCAGGGCUCUAAUUGCUCAACUUCUUGUUGCUCUUCUCACUCUCCACCUUGUUAGCUCCGCUGCGCAGGUGACUAAUCCUCCGGUUGGAUCCCCUGUUGAAUCCCCUCUUUCCCCAACAAUAGGAUCGAUUGCAGACUGCGCCGGAGCUUGUGAUGUAAGGUGUGGUUUAUCGUCAAGGGCAGAGGAAUGCAAGAGAGCAUGUGGGACGUGCUGUGCAAGGUGCGGUUGUGUCCCACCCGGCACUUCUGGUCACUAUGAAGUUUGUCCUUGCUACCGGAAUAUGACCACUCACGGUGGAAGGCACAAAUGCCCUUGAAUAAACCUCCUGCUUAAACACAUUGUCUUGGUCAUCAUCUAUUUCUUUCUUCUUGG